GUGUCAACCUAGCGGUCCGUGCAGUUUACUCAGAGGAGUUAACCAGAAGUGAUACUCAGCUAAUGUUAGUGGAGCUAGGGAGGAGGUGGGAACAUCACUGCCGAAAAGGGCUUCACUUUGUUAACUUAAAUCCCACCACAUGUCCGAACAGUAACUGUUUAGUGGUUUACCUAAUUUGCGACUCGCGUAUUUUCCUGAUCCCCGAUGACUUCCUCUAUCUCAGACUGGAUUUGGAGUGAGAGAUUUUGGCUUCCCGAAAAUGUUUCAUGGGCGGACCUGGAGCGUCCGCCACCUGGUGUGGAGUAUCCCCGAUUAGGAGACAUCCUUUGCGCCUUGCCCCUGGCUGUCGCAGUUUUUCUACUAAGACAGCUUUUUGAAAGGCUAGUGGCCAAGCCCUGUGCCCACAUACUUCAGAUUCAGGCGGGAGUGCCUCGGCGAGCUCAGUCCAAUGAUGUCCUGGAGAGGGUGUAUCAGUCCAAAACGCCUCCAGACACGAGGCAACUGGAGGGACUCUCGAAGCAACUGGACUGGGAUGUACGGAAAAUACAAAGAUGGUUUCGUGUCCGCCGGAACCAAGACAGGCCCAGUAUUCAGAAAAAGUUCUGUGAGAGCAUGUGGCGAUUUACAUUUUACCUGGGGAUUUUUAUCUAUGCCAUUCGUCAUUUGUGGGUGUCGCCUUGGAUGUGGGAUACCAGACAGUGCUGGCACAACUAUCCUUUUCAGCCGGUCAGCCAUGGCCAGUACAACUACUACGUAGCUGAACUGGCUUUCUAUUGGUCUCUGAUGUUUUCCCAGUUCACAGACAUUAAACGUAAGGAUUUCAUGAUCAUGCUUGUCCACCACCUGGCCACCAUACUGCUCAUCACAUUCUCCUAUGCCAACAACAUGCUAAGAGCUGGCACUUUGGUCAUGUGUGUGCACGAUGCAUCCGACAUCUUCCUUGAGGCUGCCAAGUUGGCCAACUAUGCCAAGUACCAGAGGCUGUGUGAUGGCCUGUUUGUUGUGUUCAGCAUAAGUUUUUUCCUCACUCGACUAGUCAUCUAUCCUUUCUGGGUUGUUCACAGUGUUCUGGUUGAGAGCUGGGAGAUCAUCGGGCCAUACCGGGCCUGGUGGUUGCUCAAUGGGUUGCUGUUGGUGCUGCAGGCUCUUCACAUCAUCUGGUUCUACCUCAUUGCUCGCAUUGCUAUCAAAGCCAUAUUCAAGGGAAAGGUAUCGAAAGAUGACCGCAGUGACAUUGAGAGCAGCUCAGACGAGGAGAUUUAUUCAAAUUGCAGUAAAAAUCCCAGUCAGACCAUAAAACCAAAGGACAGCAGUCAUACUGGUAACCUUAAUGGGGAAACUCAUGACCACUGAGGACCAUGAGGGGAUCUCCGGUGUGGUUUUCAUUCACCUGCGUGCCUGUUUGACCUACCUUGUCACUUUGACCCCCUGAGAAGACUUAGAAAGAUGUGCUGAGUUGUUUUGAAUGGAGAGAGGACUUGGAUACAGGGGAAGUCCAUGUGUGGAAUACAGACUUAGCACUGUCUUACUGAGUCAGGUUUACACUGUGUGAGGUUUACACCUGCUUU